GGCCGCGCUCUGCGCGACGGCGAGUGCGAGGUGUGCGUUACAUUCCUGGGGAGGUUCUAUCAGGGCUUAAACAACCUUAAUGUUGAGUUCACACCAGCCAGCUUGGAAAAGGAACUCUUAAAAGCCUGUAAAGAGGCAAAAGGCAAAGAGAAUCGAUUUUGUUAUUACAUUGGAGCCACUAGUGAUGCAGCCACAAAAAUCAUUAAUGAGGUGUCAAAACCCCUUAGUCAUCACAUUCCUGUGGAAAAAGUCUGUGAGAAACUGAAGAAAAAAGACAGCCAGAUCUGCGAGCUAAAAUAUGACAAACAGAUUGACCUGAGCACUGUGGACCUGAAGAAACUGAGAGUGAAAGAGCUGAAGAAGAUCCUAGAUGACUGGGGUGAAACGUGCAAGGGCUGCGCAGAGAAAUCAGACUAUAUACGUAAAAUCAAUGAACUAAUGCCUAAAUAUGCACCAAAGGCAGCCAGUUCACGGACGGAUCUCUGACCACUGUGGCAGUCUCCAUCCUGCUAGAACCUCACACAGAUUACAUUAACCUCUCUAUUUUGUUUCUUAAGCCUUUUUUGUAACUUAUUUAAGUGGGCUCCCAACAGUGUCAGACUUGGAAGUGUGGAGCGAUGUGUGAAAUGCUGGUUUCACAGCCCCCAUUUUGUCUCUAGUUUGUAUUUCUCUCGCCUCUGGUUUGCUUUAUGGCAUCACACUAUGUAUGGGAUUUUUUUAUUAAAGUAAAAAGAAAUCUACUCUUUCUGGGCCUUGUGAGAAGGUUGAGCUUAGUUCUGUGGAGGUCCCCGCAUCUCUCGUCUCCAAACUGCAGAGUCAGCCGUGCAAGCCGCUUCCUCUGUUCGCUGUCCUGGGCAGAGGUCGUGCUGCAGUUGUUUCCUUGCGUGACUCCUGGCCCUCCCCGUCUCUGCCGCUCAGGGUGGCACCAGAACCACCCCUUGUCCAGCUCUCCUGCUGCAGCCGCCUCGUGCCACUGUCCUGAGGCCGUUGCGAGGAGGUGCCCGAGGCAGCACGGGUCAAGUGGCCCGAACUUCGCAGCUUUGUCCUUUAAAACGCCGGCCUGUGGCUGGAAGGGCCCUGAUCCGUGGUC